AUGCACUUCAAAUCCCCAGCAUUGAUCACCGCCAUUUCUUUUACCUUGGGCAGCAACGCGCAAGUCCUCGGCUUCUGGAACCGCCCAGCGUUCUCUGCAUGCCCCAGCAUCUCCCCCGGCCCAGCAACGCUGCAGCAGCUGUCUGAGCUACCACUGGCCUUCCGUCCCGACCCCGACACCGAGUCCGCCAUCCGCCAAACCCUGUCCCUCUACCCCUUUGCCGUCGACGGGCGCAACUUCGACGCCCUUGACAGGAUCUUCACGCCCAAUGUCCGCACCAACUACUCGGAGCCCAUCAACGAAGUGGUCGGCCUCACGAACAUCAAGGCCGCCAUCGCAGCCGGACUCGACAAUUUUGCCGCCACGCACCACUCGUUCGGCACGCAGUACAUCGUCCGCUGCGCCAAGGACAGUGCGAUUUCCGUGACGUACUACACCGCCAGCCACUACUUCCAUCCCAGCAAACCGGCAGAGAUACAGAACGGCUCAGAGGUGUUGUACGCGACGGGGAGGUACGAGGAUACGUGGGAGCGGCAGGGGGACGGCGGCUGGAAGAUCGCGAAUCGGAACUUGGUGUAUCAAGGUCCUCUGAUCUAUGACCGCUGA